UUUUUCUUUUACUCUGGUCUCAUUCUGACCCUUCACUGGGCAGUCUGUGAAGAUCACAGGGAAUUUCUGAUACUUGAGAGAGGAGACUGGCCUUGCUACUAAAAGCUACAUGACUUUAUGGUAAAUGAAGGUACAGUUAUCCUAAAGCACAAUCCCUGACAUCACACAGCCACAAGAUGAAUAAACAAAGAGUAAAUUAUUCAGAACACAAUCUGGCCAAGGACCCAAAGAGGCUGCAAAAGCAGUCUAAAAGCUCUAAAAGCUCCAUUUUAGCAGCUGAACAAGAAACAACUCAUCUGGAACCAGGCCUUCAAAAUGCUUCUCAGGAUCAUCAGAAUAAUGAAAGGACCUGCUAUUAUACAGUUUUACCAUCACCUCCAGGGAAGCUCACUGCUGAGAUCCUGGGAAUCAUUUGCCUCGUCUUAGUAGUCACUUUGUUUAAAGUGAUGGUUCUCAUUCCCUCUCUUGCAAUACUGGAGCAGAACAAUUCUUCUGUGAUAACAAGAACCCAGAAAGCAUAUCACUGCAGUGGUUGCCCAAAGGACUGGUUAACAUAUUCCAACAGUUGUUAUUACAUUUCUGUGGAAAAGAAAACUUGGAAUGAGAGUUUAGGAGCCUGUGCUUCUAAGAACUCUAAUCUGCUUUAUAUAGAUAAUGAAGAAGAAAAGGAAUUGCUGGGGUCCUUAAUGCCUGCAUCAUGGAUUGGAGUUUUCCGUAAGAGCAAAGAACAUCCCUGGGUAUUGACAAAUGGCUCAACCUUCAAACUCAAGAUAACAGAAUCACCUGGUGCACAUAACUGUGCCAUGCUCUCCUUCAUAGAUCUUCUAUCAUCUUCUUGUGAACUUACACACACCUACGGCUGUAAGCAUGAGCUUCAGAAAUAAUACAUGCACAUUUGGAAUGUCAGGCAAUGCUAUUGAUCAUAGAAAUAGGGAUGUGAUUGUAUAAGCCUGAAAAUAAAGUAUAUUUUUAAAAUUAUUCUCAAAAAGUGAUUGAAGUAUGAUAGACUCCAAAAACUACAAAUACUACUUCUGUGUCUGGCAGUUUUUUCUCAACAUUAUACGUGUGGCAUUCCACCUUUACAGCAGUUUGCUUGUUGCAUGAUGUAGUUUCUAUGAAUUAUCAAGAACAGGCAAACUCAUGGGGACAGAAACGGGUUUAGUGGUUUCCUGUGACUGUGAGGAGGCUAAUAGAGACUACUAACAAGUGCAGUUUUUCAUUCGGAGUGAUGGAACCUUCUUAAGUCUUGAAAGUUUGGUAUUCUAACACUGUUACCACUUUAAAAAUCACUGAUUUAUACAUUUUAAAUAGAUGUAAUUCUUACUUGUACAUCACACUUCAUUAAACUGUUAAGAAAUAAACUCUCCUGAGAUUAUGUUUAGUACUGCAUUAAAUCAUUGAAAUAAUUUUAAAAAUUGAUUACUUUUACAAUAUUGACUUCUAUCAAAUAACUAUGUCUUUCAAUGUAUUGUUUUUUAAAAAUUCCAAUCAGAUUUUAUAUAUUUUGGUAUUGAAAUUUGUCAGAAAUACAGGUAUUCCCACAUAUACAUUUGUAAACUGCAUUCUUAUUUUAAGUUUCUUUAUGUUUGCUAUAAAGAACAUUAAUUUUUGUUAUUGCUAAAUAGAAAAGUAAUCUAGGUUUGUGUGUUGACCUUAUACCCUGUGACUUCACUAGUUUAUGUAUUAAUUCUAUCAUUUCAAGUACAUAAAAGAUAAAAUGUUUUCUAGGUUUUCCAAAUAAACAGCUAUUUUCUCUGUAAAUAAUCAUACUUAUUUUUUUAUUUCCUGGUACUAAUUCAUUUAUUUAUUUUUGACUAUUUUCACUGGUUAGAGUUUUAUUUUCAAUGCUGAAUAAAAGGUAUGAUAAAGGGUUUGUAUAUAUCAUAUAUCACAUUUCCUAUUUUAGGGAGGAAAUUUUGAACAUUUCAUCUUAUUUAUGAAGAUUUCUUUCUUAAACCCUUCUAACACUGAAGCAGUUUUGUAAUAUUCCUAUUUUUAAUAGAUUUAGUUGUCAAUUCAUGCCCUAUUUUGUUUUACAUAAAUUGGAAUGAUACAUGUUCUCAAAAACAUUAAUGAAGUAGACUAUCUUCAUUUCUUUUUUUUUCUAGGCAAUUCUUUUAUUCAUGUGUUUUCUUUAAACUUGUUUAUUGAGAGACAGAGAGAUGAGUCCCACCAAUGUGGUCUCACACUGUGACUUCCUUCUCUUCCCUUUUUUCUGGUCUGUACUUUUUAAUUAAUUAAUUUUAUUAUUACUCAUCAUUAAAUCGCUAUACAUCAUUUAGAUUGUGAAGAGACUUUACCCAGCAUAUAUGCCUCAGUCCAGCCCAGUUGAGACCACCAAAACCAUUCCUGCAUUUCUGAAAUGAAACCAUCAAAUUGUUAUCAUUCUGCAUUGCCUGCUUUAAAGAAAUAGUGUAUGUUAUACAUUUAAAUAUGGUCCUUUUCAUCCCGGUUCACAAGUAAAUUUGGCUGUAUUUCCAUUUGUAACUAUUAACUUGAAAGGAAUUUCUAUCAAGGAUAUUUGGGGAGGGAUUCUUCUUUUACUAUAACGUGGACAACUUUGUGUAAAGAGACCAUUCUGUUUUUUGUAAUGCUGUUUAUGUUUGUAAAAUAUUUCUGUAGGAAGGUUUAUAAUAACACACUUAAUUUCUUUAGUACACGUAGAGUUUAUUCAGUUUUCUAUUUGCUAUAGUGCAUUUUUCUAAGAAUUUUGUAAUAUAUUUUAAGAAUGCAAUGUAUUCAUAAUAUAAUUUUAUUAUCUCUUUAAUAUCUAGAAAAACUCUACUGGUGUUUCCAUGUUUAGAAAUAAACUAUAUAUGGCUUCUCAAAUUUUUCCUUCAAAAGUCUUUUAUCUAUUUUAUUCACACUUCUUAAUGAAAAUAACUUUGACCCUAUGGCUUCUUUUUACUAUAAAUUUUUCUGUGAUUUUGUACUAUUUGUUGUUUCUUUUCCCACUUCACAAAGAUUCUACUUCAGUUUAUAGUAGGUCUUCUUAGUUUCAUGUGACUCAUGCUCAGAUAAUUCGAUUUUGUCUUCUUUUUGUAACAUAUACUGUUAAGGAUAUUAGUGUUCCCAGAGACUCUGUUGUUCUAUUUUCUCUGAAAUUCAUAAGAAAUUGUGAACACUCAUAAUCAUUUAAUUCACCCAUAAGUUAUUUAUGAUAUAUUAAUGAUUCAAAAAACACAAAGUUUUUUAAAAUUUUGGUUAUUGACUUGUAGUGAGAGAAUUUACUGUGAAGCCGGAAACGUUUUACCACUCUGUUUGAACAUGGUCCCUAUAACUCAGAAAUCCAUUGUAAAAUUUUGUUUAUUUUGGAUUGAUUAAAAUAUAAAUUUGA